AUGGGGCUAGCUGCCGUCUCCCGUCUGCCGAACACUGUCGUUGUCCACCACAAGCCCCAUCCAAAAAUGUCCUAUUUCCGCAUCACCCUCAUCCGCUCGGGCAUCGGCCUCACGAAACGCACGCAGGGCGUCCUCAAAGCCCUUGGCCUGCGCACCCGCAUGAAGACCGUCUUCUACCCCGUGUCCCCCGAGGUCGCCGGCCAAAUCAUGAAAGUCAAGGAGCUGGUGUCGGUCAGGGAGGUGGAUAGGCCGCUGACGGUGCAGGAGUUGAGGGCAGAGAGGAAGCCGGAUCCAGGGUUUUAUAUGGAGAAGGCGGCGCCGCGGUGA